AUGCCGAUCUCCCAUCCGGAAGGCCUUGCGAAGUCUGCGAUUGAGCAGAAGCGGCUUGAGUGCGUGUCUGACAUACUCAUGGUCGGCAAUGACAUUCAGAUGGUCAUUGGAACGUCGUACAUGAUUUCUGUGUUUGCAUUGGGCACCAGUAUCGACACGUACCACUUACACCUUGUGUUUGACAUUGUCAGCUUCGUCGGAGUCUCCAGCGCCGCCGCUCUCGUCUGUUGGACCUACUGCAACGUUCGACUCCAUCGCUCAGCCGCCCCCAAAGACUUGUCCACUCACCUUCUCUCCCGUCACUUCACCACCCUCCGCUCCGCUCACUUCACCCCUCGCCAUCACGCCACCUAUCUCUUCGCCUUGUUGUACCUCGCUCUCACUAUUCUCCUCUGCAUCAGCCUCGACAACUGGGCCCUUGAUCACGAGCCCGGCCGCUGCUACUUCACUCACCUCGUCACAACGCCCACCGCGGGCCAUCCGUCCGCCGACAAAAUCUACGUUUCCAUCACCUCCUCAUGGAUGAUCCUCGUCAUGCUCGCUGCCGCCUUCUCUGGUGCUCGCUAG